UCAAAGAGUGCACGUUUCCGCCGGGCUGCGUGUACAUCUGCUGAUGUGAAGCCACCUCGGUCGUGUCGAAACAUGGGGUUUACAUAAUUCAGCUUUUAUUUUUGCUUGUUCCCUUUUCUUUGUCGUUUUAUUUUGUUUUGCUGGAGGGAGAUAAUCGCUACUGAGUCUGCCUCGAAAAGGGUUUAGAAGUAACGUCGUCGUCACCUGGCGCGUCUACUGGGCAUAUAGCGGAUGAUGUGGUCGAGGAUACCUUCGGACCAUGUGGACAAAUAUGAACAUACAACAGGUUCAGAUACACCUAAUGAAAGAUGGUUACCUGGGGAGAAUUCAGCCUGGGAGGCAUCUGCUUCUACUGCAAGCAGCUAUAGCACUCGCAGAAGAUGCCUGAGCACAACGUCUGACAGUGGCGAUACUGGAAUUGGCACAUCUUGCUCUGACAGUGUUGAAGAUCACUCCAGUUCCAGCAGCACUUACCUGUUUAAACCAGUCAGUAUGCAGGGAUCCAUACCAACUGCCCUUGUAAUGCCAUCUACCACCAACAUGAGACCUAGCAUGCGAAUAGCAGGCACUGAUAGAAACUCCUGCUAUACAUUACCAAAUCAUGGAAGAAGCACUGGUACUCAGGAUGGUCCUCUGGACAUGAAGGAUCCUCGUCCUAUAAAGAGAUGGUCCUCACUCACUAAGCUCAGUGUGCCUGGAAACUGUUCUGUGGAUGGUAGGGCUUACAUGAAAGACGACUUAAGAACAUGUAAAGAGGGCUUGACUGACAGUGCAAAAUCCUAUAGAUGUAAGCUUGCUGAAGUGGACAACUUGCACUUUGUCAUGGGCCACUUAACAACGGAGGAGCGUCAACUGAACCAAAUACGAUCCUUGGGCCCAGACCCAAGGUGUAAACUCAGUAUGCACAACAAAGUGAACUCUAGUCCCACCCCCUCACUGACCAGUAAAUCAAAUGCCUUAGACUUGUCAUUUUGUGCCUUACCUGAAAGUAAGCCUGUGGCAACUGGAUCUGAGAUGUACAAGACAUAUAAUCCUUUGGGUCAGCAAACGAUAGAGUGUUCACCCAUUCAACCUUCUGUGCGGACUCAGAUGUGGCUUAGCGAGCAAAUGCAUUCAAAUCACAGUAAACUGCAGGACAGUAGUUGUCGGUUAACUUCCUUCAAUCAGCUGGAGCACUUCAAGAAUGCAGAGAUGCCACAGGUGAUGCCUUUAGUGAAAUUAAAAGAGGAUGAACUUAAUAAGAAAGAACAGAUAAUUAGCUGGCAGGCACAGCAGAUCCACCAACUUCAACAAAGAAUCAGGGAAAAUGAACUGCAAACACAAGUCCUCCAGGGUCCGGUUCGGAUAUGUAAUAACCCUUACCAUUUUCAGCUCAAGGAGAUGACAUGCGACAGCCUUCCUUUGCAGACAGAGCUGUCUGUAAGAUCACAACUUUUUCAUGGUGAAAAUGAGGGACCGGAUUCUAAGCUUGCUGCAGCCAAGUUAGAGAUUGCGCGGCUUUCAGAAGUGCUGAAGCAAAGAUCCUCAAAGAACACAGAAGAAAUCCGGAAGCUGGAAGAAAGGUUGAAAACCCGAGACCGAUAUAUUAGUAGCCUUAAAAAAAGAUGUCAGCGAGAAUCUGAAAUGAACCAAGAGAAACAACAGAGGAUUGAGACACUGGAAACAUACCUUGCUGACUUGCCAACGCUUGAUGAGAUCCAGAAACAGACUGAACAGAUUGAAUUACUAAAGAAAGAAAAAUGUGAGCUACAGGAUAGCAUUGAGGAUCUCAAGAAGAAGUGGGAGGAUGGACGACUUCUGAUCAAAGAAAAGGAGACUUUCAUUGAGAGGCAGAAAAAGAAAGAAAAGGAAUUAAUUAUCACCGUGCAGAGCUUGCAGCAAAAAGUUGAAAAGUGCCUUGAAGAUGGUGUCCGCCUACCCAUGAUGGACAUGAAGCAGCUUGAGCAUGAUAAUGAUCUUCUUCGGGAGGAGAAGAAAAAAAACAAUCAGGUCAUUGACAAUCAAAGGAAGCAAAUAGAGAAAUUAGCUAUAGAGUUACAAGCGAUGGAACAUAAGCUAACUGAUGAAAAGAGCCUCUCCCAAGAUCUCCAAGCACAGCUAAAGGAAAAGGAAGAUUACAUACAGGAGCUGAAAAUAUCCAUGCAAGAGAACCAAAGACAACUUGAAGAAUGCUUGAAUAUGAGAACACAGACUCAGCAGGAUGAACAGAAGCUGAAGCAGCCCUGCAAUGAAAAUCUGCCAUUAGCUGAAGAACUUUUAAAGGAAAUGUCUUACUGCUUGGUUGACUUAAAAGCCUUGUGUAGCAUACUUACAGAAAGAGCACAGGGAAAGGAGCCAAAUCUUGUACUGUUGCUUGGCAUUAGAUCAAUGAAUUAUCCAGGUGAAGAACAUGAAAACCUCCACAGUGAGAGCAGUCUUUCUGCAAAGCUCCUCGAGGUGUCUCAGUUACGGAAGGACAUUGACAAAUUGAGGACUAUGGUGUCAGACCGCUAUGCUCAGGACAUGGGAGACAGCUGCAUCACUCAGUGACAUCUUGUUGCCUAUUUGCAAUAAUGAACUGUGAUACUUUUUUAAUGCUGCUUUUUCACGCUUCCCUGCAUUUUUAUUACAGAGCCAUAUUUGAAAAUUUCAACUUGCAAACCAAUUUAAAAGCAGAAAAAAGUGGUUUUUUUUUGCUGAAAUGACAUAAAAAACAAAAAGAACAGUAUUUUUUUUUUUUUUUGCAAGUCAGAUUUAUUGGGGUAGGCGUUAUUCUGAAUGUAGGAACAAACUGUGAAAAUAGUUUACAUUGUGUUAUUUUCCAUCAGUAUUUGCAAACCUUUUCAUGUAUUAUUUAUGAGAGCAUUUACAGUUGGCCGCUGUCUUACCAAGACCCCCUUAACCUUUAAUUGCUAAUGGUACCGUACACCUGUAGAAGCUGUAGUGUCGCACUAUCCUCUGAUACGUCUCCCUCGUUUGAUUAGUGUAGUGCUGCUUCCUUCUUUCCCUCAGCUUGUUUGAAUGUCAUCCCGAGUUCUUCCCAAACCGCACAAGGUCCUUCCUGCUCCAGUUUUCAUUACAUACAUUACAGCACCACACCUCAGUGAACAUAGGAAUUCCAGUUCCCACUAAUUAGUCUAAAACACACAAAUAUUUAGUCCAUUUUAAAUUGAGAAUUUCUCUUACUUUACUGAAUUGCCCCUCUUUCCUAAUGCUGACCCUGUGGACGCUCUUCUGCCCAUUUAUAAAGCAGAGUGUGCCACACCAGUUUCGGUUUUAUUUUCACUUAGUGUGGUAGGCCAUAAGAAAUUUCUUCUUUGCAGCAGAGGUUGGUUUUGAGUUGCCAAGGCCCAUUUCACCUUAAAGAAAGAUGGACAAUUCAGUAUAAAAUAGGAAGUUGUUUUCAAGUAGAGAGACAUUUUCAAUGUUUUAUGUUGUAAUGCUCAUUGGUUUUCAGCUCUGCAGGACAGGCUGACGACGUCUCUCAAUUACACGGUGGACUGAGGAGUAGUUGCUGGUCCUGGAAUCACCUUUGGUUUCUGUGGCCAAGUUUUUAGCAAUGUCCACUGCAUGUUUUUUUUUUUUUUGGUUUUCAGAUUGGACAUGUAAAGCAUCUGUUUGUUGUUUUUAGUUUUUAUUUUAUUUUAGCAAUAUCCAAACCACAUCCAAAAGACAUUUGAAAUGCCUUUAGUUUCACAACUUGUCCAUCCUCCUAUACUUUUACUGAUCCUCAUAACUUAACAUUUCAAGCAAACAGUCUAAAGAUUUAGUGUAAAUUUUACUUUGUUUUAUUUAUAUAUGUUGAUAUUUUCAGCAGUCAGGAAAACAAAACUGUUGUCUGUUCUGGUUGGUAGAAAUGAAUGAAUGAGUGCAUGUAAAAUUUCUUUGUUAUUCUUAAAACUUACUGUAUGGGAGAUGAAUUCUUACAACAGAAAAAAAAAACAAUGUUGAUUAAUGCUUUAUGAUUUUUAAAUUAUUUACAUGCAAGAAUUGGGGGGGUGAAAUGGUGGCACAGUAGUUAGCACUACUACCUCAUGGAUCCAUCCUCCAGGGUUUGAAUCCUACACAGUCAGUGUUUGACUUGGGUUUCCAUGUUCUCUCUGUGUUUGUGUGGAUAUUCUGUAGGUACUUUUCUUCCACAUCACCAAAGACCUAAUUGUGUUAGGUUAAUCAACAAUUCCAAACUGGUCCCAGUGGAAGUGGGCCCUGGGAUGGACUGGCAUACUGUCCAGUCCAGGGUGGAUAUACUGCCCUGUGCUUGGUGGCCCACAGCUCCGUACUGGAUUACGAGGGUUGAAAAAUGGUGUGCUAUUUUAGGUCCUCUACACAAGGAGAUCAGCAUGGUGCACUAAAGAGAGGUUAGUACACAGUAUUUUAGAGAGUGUACAAGUUGCCUUGAUUGAACUGGGGAAAUUCUUAAAGGCUACUUCAGUAUUUGAUUUGCUGAAUGAAGCCGUAUUAUUACAACAUCUCUCUAGGCAUACAACACCACAGCACCCGGCCUAACACAGGGGGGAUGAAAGCCUCAGAAGUUAACAAAUGCAUCCACUUUGACCUGGGGAUGGCUCUCCAUGUUCAUUCAAAUCUUAAUAGCCCAUGUAUGUUAAAUCAGCUUAUACAAAGUGUUUUCACAAAAAUGUAGUCCAUUUUUUAUGACUGUUUUCUUGUCACUCGUUGAUGGCAGUUUUAGUAUUUAAGCCUUUCUUUUUUCAGCGAUGCUCAUUUGUAGGUUUAUUUAUUUAUUUAUUUUUAAACAUUAAGAGUAGCAAGCUGACAUUUAUACCAUCACUAGUGGGGCUACCUAUCUAAGACUGAAAAUCUAAGUAAUAAAUGUAGGCCUCGGUGUUUACCCUUGCAGCACACCAUUCAAUGCGCAAGUCUCUGUGAUAUGCCAUUUUGUAUGGGAUUUGUAACAGCAGUGUUAAUAUUUGUGAUGCACCAUCUAUUGGAAUGACAAAUGCGAUGUACUUUUACUGCUAUAAAUGUUUAUGAUUUAUACAGACACUUAUCCUUUUAUUAAGGUGGACUAUUAUGUGUCUGCAAAAGCAACAGUGACAAAGUCUUCUUCAGUGACACUCGUAGAAGCUCUAGAACACGCCUAUAAUGAUCUGGCAGAUAAAAGAUAAAAAACUAGGGAGGCAGGGGAAACUCUCACACCUGUAGCUGCAGCAAGGCCCCGGAUUACUUGUGGGCGCAAACUGUCAAAUGAGAAGGAAUUCCUACGCUGUAGAGAGGGAGAUUUUUAACUGCUGCCAUUUGAAAGCCUAGAUUUAUCCAGUGACAGGACAUUUGUCAUGCAGUGCUACGGCUUGCAUUAAAUGACAGAGAGAUUCCUAAUUAACAUUAACUAUGGAGUUUCAGGGACUUUUGCAUUUUUAGAAAGUGUCAAGGAUGGAAUAGCCAUAGAGGCAGAGGCAGCACUCAUCAAAGUACGUUUGUGUUGUGAUUGCCUAGAUAGCAUUUGGCUUGAAAGAUAAGAGAUCCCCAUCAUUGUUAAAGCAUACUCUGAAAUGUCAAGGUGCUGAGGAAUUUAUUCAAAUCUACAGCAGUCCUGGUAAGCAUAUGCAGCUAAGAUGGAUGGUAGUAGCCAAUGCAAAUACAUUUUGCAUUUAUUCUCUAACAUGAGCACUGUUAACAUUAGUUAUAAUUGACUUGGAGUGCUAAUACAAUAACAUUAAUGUUGGAUCCCUUCAGUAAUCAAGAUAGUUAAUGUGGCUAAAGCAUCUCCAGACACUACACUUACAGCAAAUCCUUUACUCUCAGCAGUCAUCAUACGGCCUCAUAGCAUCUUUCUCUCAGACCACAGCUUUAUGUGGUCAUGAGUAUACCCCCCCGUAUACCCCCAUACUGCAGAUCACGAUUUGUUUAACCAUGGACUUUUACUACUUCAAGCUGAAUAUAUUGUCAAGUUGUACAACCUUCGUUUCGCAAUUGGACGGGUUCAUCCUGAAGCCCAGUCCAUCCCAGGGCACCCAUGCACUCCCAAUCACACUCACUCACACCAUUUUUUAGAACACUGAGGACUUGAAGAUGUGGGACAAAAUCAGAGAGAACACAAAGAGAACAUGCAAACCCCACACAUACAGGUGACUGGGCAGGAACGCUAAACAUGUCUCUUCUCUCUGCUACCUCAUGAAAUGUGAAAUCUUUUUUUUUCCAUUUUAUUGAUGAUCAUUUUAUUUAAUUAAGGUGUGGUAAAGAGCUUUGAUGCCACCCCUUUAAAAUUAAGGAAUUGUUCUUUUUUUGGUAAAGAUUGCAAAAGUAUUAUGUCAUGUUGUGCUAUCCGUGACUGCUGAUAUUAUUAUGGCUUCCUUGCACCUUAAAAUGAUCAGCCUGAUAUUAAAUUACUAGAUAAAUAAAAACAUUAACUUCCUCAUUACCUGAAUUUGAUUUAGUUUAAUUCAGGUUGAACAUUAAUUUGACAUUUAUAGUACAUUGGCAUAAAAUGCCAAUAUCUUGCUUGGAAUAAUCCCAUUCAGUAAAGUGCAGUGCACAUUAUCCCAUUUCUCAGCAUUUCUCCAAACUUGUGCAGUGUUUCUGAAAGAAAGAUUACCUUUCCUAGCUUAAAGGUAAAGAAUCUGGUCAACAUUGAUUUUUCAAGUACGGCUAGAUCUUUUAGGUUUUCCUGUUUCUCUGAAUUCAUUUUCACUUCAGCGGCAUAUGGAAAACUUUGUUUGAUAAAAGCUUUUGCUUAUACGGAUUUGUUAAGAAUAAUUUCAUUAUAUCAACUGUCUACAAGUUUAAAGUAAUGUGAUGUAGCCAGCCUUCUUCAAAGGUGACAGAAAUGUAAAAUUCCCCACUUUACAAUCUAAAAGAACUCCGUUGAAAUCUUUUAACAAAAGCAGUCCAUGUAAUAAUGCGCUUUUCAUUAUCAAAGGUGCGCUAAUUGUAUUUUGAUGGAUCUUGCUCAUUUGUUUAUUAUCUUCUGUCAGUAAUGCUGUGCUCUGCAUCAAAAGUAACCCUCAUCUCUGUCUACAUGAGCAUACAGGCUCAAAGAACACUUAAAAAUGGAAAGUGUUUGAGCGGAAAGUCAAAAAGCAGACACGUCAUCAGAUAUACGCAGCAUGCGUCACUGCCGUGAGUCUAUUUAACCAUUUUAAACCGAACCAGUAUGACAGUGAUUGUCCUUUAAUGCCAAUUGUACAUGUCAGCAUGUAUGUAUUCUUCAGCAGUCUUUAAACUGUGCAUCUAGGCAGCAACUUCCAAUGAAUACAUUUCUAAGCACUGUUUUGCAAAAAAAGGGUUUGAUGUAUUUAAUUUCUAUUAAAAUGGGCUUAUUGUGAUCAAAUUUGUAUUAAACAAAGGGGUUCUCGUAAUAAAUCUCGUAAUGGGUUAAGAACAAUUGUUGGAGGCUACCGGUUGGCCUCUUAUUUUUUUUUUACUUUUUUGUACCAUUUUAAACCUUUUAGUUUUACAGCUAGAUUUUAUAAACACCAAAGUUCUAUUUAUUAAAAAAAAUAAAUUAGUAUUUUUCCAUGAA